AAACUUACACCCAAAAUCAUUUAUUUCCCUCAACUCCUCUCCCACAGUAUUCGAAAAUCCGUGCGCCCUUGGCCAACCCCAAAUGACCGUCGAUAAUCGUCCCCAAACAUGCUCGGUUGGCUCCAACACUUGUGCCGCUGGUUACUGGUGCCAUUUCGGUGCCAAUCAAGAUACGACAGUUUGCUGUCCGGGAAGAGUACAAGGUCAGGCAAUCUGCCAGCAACAUCUAGCGAUUGGAAGCGGAAAUGCUGCUCUGCCAAGAUGGUACUACGAUGCGGCAAGCAUGCGAUGUGAGGAGAUGACGUGCAAAGAGUUCAUCUACAACGGUCGCAAAGGAAAUCAGAAUAACUUUUUGACGUUGGAAGAUUGUGAACGAAGUUGUGACGUGUACGUCAAUGUGUGUCCGGAAGGUAGCCCAUUGAUUGACCAGGCAACAAACCGACCUGUUCCCUGCACUUUUGGCUCCGAUUCCUGCGGUGAAGGCUACUGGUGCCAUCUGGGCCUCGUCCCAGAUGAGUAUCAAUGUUGCCCAGGAGAACCAACAGUGCCAGGCGCAUGUCAAGGCCUACCAGAAGAGCCAGGAGAGCUCGGUGCUCCUGCUCCUCCAGCUACUCGAUACUAUUACGACCAGGAGGAGAUGACGUGCAAGGAGUUCAUCUACAAUGGUCGCAAAGGAAAUCAGAAUAACUUUUUGACGUUGGAAGAUUGUGAACGAACUUGUGACGUUUUUGUAAACCCCUGCAAUCAACCAAUUCCUCUUCCUCCGACGAUGUGUUCCGCUGCUGGCCCGAGCACUUGUGGACCCAGCUCUUACUGUCACAUCGGAGCCACACCUGAAACGACAAAUUGCAAAAAAAAUGUUUGUACAAAAAAUAAUUUAGAAGGGGAUCCCUGUUCACUUCCUUUGAGUCGAGGAAAUGGUAACGCGUUUUUGGAUCGUUGGUACUACAACCAGCAGUCGGCAAGUUGUCAACCAUUCACGUACGCGGGUCUUCAAGGAAACCAAAACAACUUCCUCACUAGAGAGGCCUGCGAGGAGCGCUGCGGUCCUAAUCCUUGCUUCGAAGGGCGUCCAUUCCUUGGCGUAGAUGGACGUCCACAGACGUGCUCAGUAUCAGCCAGUCUUAAUACAUGUCCAGCAAAUUACUGGUGUCAUAUCGGUGCUGAUAUGAGCACUACCGUAUGCUGCCCUGGAGGUAGUUUUCAUAGGAAUUUGAAGUUUUAUUCGAAUGAUUGCCUCUUGGAAUUGCAGCAUCCACUAAUAUUUGUAACUUAC